CCCAUCCCUCAUCCCCAGCCCCACGCAGGCAGCUAUGGGCAGGGGGCACAGGAAAGGGAUCCCACGGACCCCAGCGAGCCGAAGAGCUCCCUGCCGGGGGGAGGACAGAGAGGCUGCGCGGCUGUGAGCAAUGGCAUCCGAAAUCCAGAUGCCGGAGCCCGUCUGCCUAAUCGAGAACAAGAAGGGGAAGGGGCUCGUGGUCCAGCCGGAGGCCCUGCAGCUGCUGUCAGAGAUCACGCAGCCCAUGGUGGUGGUGGCCAUCGCCGGGCCGUACCGCAGCGGCAAGUCCUACCUCCUGAACAGGCUGGCUGGGCAGAGGAGAGGUUUCUCCCUGGGUUCCAGCGUGCGGGCGCACACCAAAGGAAUCUGGAUGUGGUGCGUGCCUCACCCCUGCAAGCCCGGACACACGCUGGUGCUGCUGGACACCGAGGGGCUGGGAGACACUGAGAAGGGCGACACCGAGAACGACACGUGGAUCUUCGUGCUGGCCGUGCUGCUCUCCAGCACCCUGAUCUACAACAGCAAGGGCACCAUUGACCAGCAGGCCAUGGACAACCUGCACUAUGUGCUGAAGCUGUCAGAGUGUGUCCAGGUGAAAACAGCACCCGAGGAGGCAGGAGAAGAGCAGGCAGGAGCUGAGCAGGCAGGAGAAGAGCGGGCAGGAGAUGAGCAGCCGGGUUCGGACAGACGCGCCCUGUUCUUCUCAACCUUCAUCUGGGCUGUCCGGGAUUUCACGCUGCAGCUGGAGGUGGACGGGAAGGAAAUCUCCGAGGACGAAUACCUGGAGAACGCGUUGAAGUUGAAGGAUGGGAGCAGCCAGGAGGCCCAGAGCUACAACCGGCUGCGGGAAUGCAUCCGCCAGCUCUUCCCGGAGCGCAAGUGCUUCGUUUUCGACCAGCCAGCCAGGAAGAAGGACCUGCCCCACUUGGAGGAGAUCCCGGACAACAUGCUCGACCCUGAAUUCCAGCAGCAGGUGGAGCGCUUCUGCAGCUACAUCGGGCAGAAUUGUCCCCCCAAGACCAUCCCUGGUGGCCGCGAGAUAACGGGGAGCAGGCUGGGGACCCUGGCGGAGAACUACGUGGAGGCCAUCCGGAGCGGGGCUGUGCCGUGCCUGGAGAGCGCGGUGCUGGCGCUGGCAGAGAUCGAAAACUCGGCGGCGCUGAAGGAGGCCGUGGACUUGUACCAGCGUCAGAUGGAGCAGAGGCUGCCCACGGAGACCACCCAGGAGCUGCUAGAGCUGCACGCGCGGUGUGAGGAGGAGGCGAUGCAGCUCUUCAUGGAGCGGGCCUUCGAGGAGAGCAGGGAGCGGUUCCGGGCAGAGCUCACGGUCCAGUUAGAGGCACUUAAAGAAUAUUUCUGCAUCCGGAACGAGUGGGUAUCCUAUAAGAAGUGCAUGGCCAUCCUCCAGAAGCUCUUCCAGGACUUGGACAGACGGAUCAAUGCCAGGUUCUACUUCAUGUCUGGGGGCUACCUGCGCUUCCAAAGAGACCAGAAGGCACUGGUGGAACAAUACAGGAAACUGCCUGGCAAGGGGGUGAAGGCAGAGGCUGCGCUGCGGGAUUUCCUCCAGGAGAGAGAGUAUAUGGGCAAAAAAGUCCUCAAAGACGACCUUGAGAUUACAUUGGCUGUAAUACUGAGCUGUCUUUCAAUAGGGGUGGGUAUUGCUGUCCGAAUCAUAAAAUAAUACAAUAAUAAAAAAAUGCAAUAAUAAAAGAAUGCAAUAAAAAAUAAUGCAAAAAUAAUAAAAAAAAUAAAAAAUCCUCCAA